AUGGCCUGGGAGACUGCGGAGGACGCACGAAAGUCCAUUUUAGAAGAUGGAUUCUUUCUGGUGAGGGAUCCUCAGAUUGGGGAGCGUGUUAAGGAGAUGGAGGGGAAGGGUUUUCCCUACGCAUCAGAAUACGGCCUCGACUUCUGUAAAGUCAACGUCCUUGAUGAUCGUGUCCGAACUAUCCUCGAAUCCUUUUUCGACUGGUCAGGUUUGGGACUUUACCGGACUUUCGGCCGCGACCCAGAUCACAAUUUUCUGUUCAUGAAUAGAGCGACUACCGAGAUGCAAGUCCUUGUGGUGCAGUUAUGGAGCAACGGAUCACGAGUAAGGUUCUGGGGCCGUUCGCAACUCCACGCUUUGAAUGGUAUCGCUGCUGCAAAUGGCCUGCUCGAGGUUCCGUCUGGGCGUCUGGAAGGACUUGGGCUUCAACCAACGGAAGUUGUGCUGGAGCGUGGCGGGCUAGCACUCCUAGAUGCGCGACUCGCUUUCAACAUUAUCGAAGGUUUCGCGAUCACGUUUGCAUUCGCGACGCAGGAGGAACUUCGAACGUGGAGCAAGAUGCGAAUACCAAAGCAAAUAGACAGGCUCGACCAGAAGAUGGCUGAAAUGGAGAGCAAACAUAUUGGGGUGAACUUCGCAUUCGAAAAGUCGGGAUAA